GGGCUUGGGCUGAAAGGAGGUGGAGAGGAAUAGCUCCUCCCCAUUGGCUGUUGCUGUUUGCACUUUGUUGCUUUAUACUUCUUCCACCACAGCCAGAAGAAGUGCGGAGCAGCCUCUGGAUGGCAGCUGAAGGAUCCGCCAGGUUACAUUGAUUUAGCCUGAUAAAGAUAUCUGGAGACCAUGACCAAGAAAAGAAUUGCUGUGAUUGGAGGAGGUGUGAGUGGACUCUCCUCUAUCAAAUGCUGCGUGGAAGAAGGCUUGGAGCCAGUCUGCUUUGAAAGGACUGAUGACAUUGGAGGGCUCUGGAGGUUCCAGGAAAAUCCCGAAGAAGGAAGGGCCAGUAUUUACAAAUCAGUGAUCAUCAACACAUCUAAGGAGAUGAUGUGCUUCAGUGACUAUCCCAUCCCAGAUCAUUAUCCUAACUUCAUGCACAACUCCCAAGUCCUCAAGUAUUUCAGGAUGUAUGCCAAAGAAUUUGAUCUUCUGAAGUAUAUUCGAUUUAAGACCACUGUGUGCAGUGUGAAGAAGCGGCCUGAUUUCUCCACUUCAGGCCAAUGGGAAGUAGUCACAGAAUCUGAAGGGAAAAAGGAGGUAAACGUCUUUGAUGGAGUCAUGGUUUGCACUGGCCAUCACACCAAUGCUCAUUUACCCUUGGAAAGCUUUCCUGGAAUUGAUAAAUUCAAAGGACAGUACUUCCACAGCCGAGACUAUAAGAAUCCAGAUAUUUUCACCGGAAAGAGAGUCAUUAUAAUUGGCAUUGGGAAUUCGGGAGGGGACCUGGCUGUGGAAAUUUGCCACACAGCCAAGCAGGUUUUCCUCAGUACCAGGAGAGGGGCUUGGAUUCUGAAUCGUGUAGGAGACUUUGGAUAUCCUUUUGAUGUGUUAUUCUCUUCUCGAUAUAAAUACUUUCUUUCGAAGAUUUGUGGUCGAUCAUUGGUAAACAGUGUUUUGGAGAAAAAGUUGAACCAAAGGUUUGACCACGAAAUGUUUGGCCUAAAGCCGAAACACAGACCUCUGAGUCAACAUCCAACAGUGAAUGAUGAUCUGCCAAAUCGUAUAAUCUCUGGCUUGGUAAAGGUGAAAGGAAAUGUGACGGAAUUCACAGAAACAGCUGCCAUAUUUGAAGAUGGCUCCAGGGAGGACAACAUUGAUGCUGUUAUCUUUGCCACAGGCUAUACUUUUGCCUUCCCUUUUCUUGAAGAUUCUGUCCAAGUAGUCAAAAACAAGAUAUCCCUAUAUAAAAAGGUCUUCCCUCCUAACCUGGAAAAGCCUACUCUUGCAAUCAUAGGCUUGAUCCAGCCCUUGGGUGCCAUUAUGCCCAUUUCAGAGAUGCAAGGACGCUGGGUCACUCAAGUAUUUAAAGGGCUAAAGACAUUGCCCUCACAAAGUGAAAUGAAUGCAGAAAUAGCUAGGGCUCAAGAGGAAAUUUCAAAAAGGUAUGUGGAGAGCCAACGUCAUACUAUUCAGGGAGACUAUGUAGAUACCAUGGAAGAGCUUGCUGAUCUGGUGGGCGUCCGGCCCAAUCUGCUAUCUCUGGCCUUCACGGACCCCAAAUUGGCAAUACAGCUAUUUUGGGGACCCUGCACUCCAAUCCACUAUCGUCUUCAAGGCCCUGGAAAAUGGGAUGGAGCUCGAAAAGCUAUUCUCACCACAGAAGAUCGUAUCAGGAAGCCAGUGAUGACUAGAGUAAUUGAAAGCAGAAAUUCCAUGACUUCCACAAUAACGAUGGCCAGGUUUAUGCUGGCUAUUGUUUUCUUUGCUAUAAUUAUGACCUACUUUUAGCUGUCCCAUUUGUCAUUGCCCUAGUUUUCUCUGGAAAACUGGAUCUACAGAUGCCUUAAGAAUCUGAUGCGAUUGAACAACGCUCAGCUUCACAUUGCCCAGGAAUCCCCUUUUAUUUCUUUUGCCAAAGCAUUAAUCCUCUGUCCACUUUUCCCUACAGUGAGAUUCUGGUUUUUCAUUCAUACUGAUUUCCCUCCUUUCAUGACCCGCCUCUUUUUCUUUUUAGUAUCCCCUGAACUAUGAGCUUAGGUAUUUUUUUAGUCAUCUUUGUUUGUCCAUGGCCGAUUUCUUGAUGUGUGGUAUGUGCUUAAUAAAUGUUUGUUGUCAUUUA